UAUGCCAUGCCCCUUCUUCCGCCCUCCCGAACUCUCUCACAAACAAAAAUGUAGCGUUAAGUGCUCAAUGGCCAGAAAACGGCAUUAAGCCAUAAAAUCGUAUCGAAAGAGAAAGAGCCAAAAGAAAUGCUCAAAGGCAGGCCAAAACCAAAUCCCACAGCCAAAGAAACGAUUGAUGGAGUUCAAAUGCAUAUUGAUUGACGUUGAAAUGCCCCAAAUGGAGCACAACUUCGAACUCCAAGAGGCAGGUGCAAGUCCGCCGUGCUGGUGGUGGUGGUUGUUUUGUGUUUUUUUUUCGUGUUUUUUGUGGCUAAUAAGUGGCAUGAAUUAGUGAAACGCUUAUGGGGGUCAGGUCGUUGCGGCACUCCACUCAAUGGACUGUUUACUGCGAGACAGUGGAAAGGCUUUUAACCGAAAAAAACAGUCGCAGUUUGGGGCCAUUGAGGCGAAUCGAAAUCGUAAAUUCGAAAUCAUUGACUAAAAGCUUUUGAUAAAUUAUUAAACAAGCGUCCAGCGUUUCUCAUGUGAAUGAGAGCGUUUCUAUCAAUGGCUUAGAAGCUGUGUAGAAGCCUCAUAAUUGUUGUGAGAAAACAUCUUGCUUAUUUAUGGGAAAGAUUCAAUAGAAGUUGGGCGUGUCCAUCAAUAGCCUUUCCCCUUAAACAAACCAGAUUCUACCGGACAGAGGUCAAAAGGUUUUUUUUUUUUUUUUGCACAAUUCUCCAUUGAUUAAGACAGAAGAAGACAUGGCCGUAAAGCAAGCAAUUUAUGGGGCGAAACGAUAUCAAAAUGCUGACAGUUUAAUGCUCAAUGCUUUGCCAGCCUAUGCAAAUUCUAAUCUAAAAAUAAUCACAGUAAACCUAUAGAAAACUUGGCCAAACGGACAAAAGAAUUGAGCAUCGGGCGAUCCUAAAAAUAAUUGACAAAUAUAUUAAGAGCAUAAAUCAGCAUCAGAAUUGCUAAUAGGGCGCGAAGAGAGCCGAAGCUAGCUAACUUUUAUUAUCAUUUACCGCUUGGGCCACAACAAACACAACUUAUAAUAGCUGAAAACAAAAAAUCGAAAACCCCAAAAAAAAAAAAAAAGAAAAACAAAAAUAUAAUAAAGAUCAGCUCUGCCGGCGUUGUCGUCACGCUCUCAGCGGAUCGGCUGAAGUCGACGCUGGCGUCGCUGCUGCCGCUGCCGCUGCUGCUGCUGCUGCUUUUGACCAGCAACUUCUUGGACAUGCUGGCCAAGAGCCAGAUUUAGUUCAGUUCAGUUCAGUUUCAAGUGUUUGAGCGUUGCGUGCGUUUCGGAGCGGAGCGGAGCUUUGAGCGCGGAGAUUUUUCGACUUUUUUCAAGACGCGUUUUUCUGUGCUUUUUCUCACCUCUCCGACUUCCGUAUAAGUUCAUUUGCCGACGGCCAGCAUUGAAAAUUUCCAACGCCGCGAUUCCUGUCGCCCACCAACCUACCAACUUAUCAUAAAUAUAAAAAAAAAACAAAACUAAAAACGGAAACCGCCAAACGGAAACUGCUAUACGGAGCUCAGUUUUUUAAUUAACCCAAAACAAAUUAGUUUAAGAAUAUUUCCCGCACCUCCUCCGACACAAAUGCAAAUGAAAUAGUGGCUGGCGAAAAAUAAAUUUAUGAAUGCAGGCCGAGAAUUAUGUUUCGUCUGAUAAGACGCAAGAUCCAAUGAUAUAUGUGUGUGAGAGUGUCUUCAACAAUCGGUUGCCAUAAAUAAUGGUCAUUAUGGGCUGAGGCCAGGCAUGGGAAAAACUAAAUGAAAAUCUUUGUGUUGCCUAACAAAUUGAAGCUAUAAAAAAAAUACAACAAAAUAGAAUCAUAUAUACUAUAAACGUGCAUAUUUAUGUGGAUUUAUUAAGCUGUUAAAAUUUGGAUAAACUUUCCGACCACUUUGACCAAUUUGAAACCGCUCAACUCAUAACUGAAAACUCAACCAGUUCCUGGUUCUUUAAGGCGCUACUCUGGCGCUUCAGGCUCAGCAAAUGAUCGGCACCGAGGAUAUGUCCGCAGCGGCUGGCAUGGACAUUAGUGAGUCCUUUCGUGCCGAGGAUCUCUCGAAGGCGGACUUCUUUGACUUUGUCACUGGUCCCGACAUGGGCAUUGGCAUUGGAGUGGGUGUGGGUGUGGGUGUGGGUGUAGAGGCUCUCGGUGUUAGCCUGCAUCAGCAGCCACAACAACAACAUCACCAGAAUCAUCAACAGACAUCCCAUAGUCACAACAACAACAACAAUAACAAUAACAACCACAUACAGGUGGUACAUCAGCCCAUUACGUCACAGUCGCAACAGCAGAGCCUCUGCAGUGGUGCGAGAACCAAUAGCAGCAUGAUCCACGACGGUGGUGGAGGCAGCGCUGGUGGUGCAGGUGGCGGUGGCGGUGGCGUCGUGGUGCCCGUAGGCAACCGCAAUGGCAGUAGCAACGGCGGAGAUCCCACGUUACAGGGCUACGAGUUUUGGCACCAGGACAAGGACACCAGUCGCCUCGACUCUAGCUCGAUAUUCGAGGACCUCGAUCGCUACUGCUGGCAACAGCAGCCGGUAACAGCCAGCGCCAGUAAUGGUGGUGGUUCCGCCAAUACCAAUCAGCCCAGUCCCACCUCGCCGCAGGGCCACCUCCAUCAGCAACAGCAACACCAGCAACAUCAGCAGUUGCAGCAGCAACAGCAACAGCAACCCAAUGCGAGCAGCUCAUCGGCGGCUUCUAGUGGAGCGGGCAGUAGCAGUGAUACCAUUAGCAGCCUGGACACCACCGAUGGCCAGAUCUACACCCUGACAGUAUUAAACGGAGGAGAGCCCUGGCUAAAGCGCUCGGAGGCGGAGCAGUUGCCCACUUCUCUUGAUUUGGACAGUUUGCUUGGCAGUUUUCCUGGCUAUAUUAAAUCAGAGUAUCCCUAUGAUGAUAGUGGUUUUAGUACAGAUGGCAAGGAUGUGAUUGGCAAUGGAACGGAUGGUCUCAGCAGUAUUUCCCAGGCUCAAAAUCAGGGUCAACAGACGCAACAGACGCUGCCCUCGCUGGUCACGGCCAUUUCCUUGGCGGGUGGCAAUGAUUUAGGCCAACAGUUGGCUCAAUUCCAAAACAACAACAACGACUGGCAUAUGGCGGAUCAUAAUACGGAAACGGAGCAGAGUACGGCGGAAUCGCUGCUGAGGAGUGCUCUGCAGGGCAAAGGUUAUGGCAAGGGAUUGCAUAUGCAAAAUGGCCUAGCCAUGCCAGUGGUUAAAGAUGAGGAUAUGCGACGCUUGCUGUUUGCCGAUGAGGCAGCUGCUCUGGGCUUCGCGGACUCCACCCUAAGUGCCGCCCAGAUGUUCGACGAGGCUCAGGGUAUCCAUCAGGGUAUCCAGCAACAACAACAGCAACAUAAUGGCAAUGCCAAUAUCCUGGUGGAUGACAUGUUCCUUUCCCUAGAAAAUGCCUUUAGUGAUGAUUUCGAGAAAAUCAAACGCAUAGCCAAUGAAGUGCAGCAGUUUUGUAGUGCUGGCUCUGCAGGGACACCAACUCCUGGGGAUUAUGGUCAACCCGGUGAUGUCCUCAUGCAAAUCUCACCCAGUCCGGGGGUAACCUCAGCGGGACAAUUACAACCACCACAACCACUGAAACCAGAGGUUAGUACUUCCACAUCCCCUUCAUCGGCGGUUGUCGUUUCCGUCGCCAGCAGCCAUGUCAGAUCCGGAAGCGGAGGAGGAGUUACCAAGCCCAAGAAGGCCUACAAGCGCAGCAGUAGCAAUAACAAUAAUCCCAAUGUGGCCAAUAACAACCAGAGCAGCGGGGGCAAUCCCUUAAUAGGAGGCAGUGGGAGUGGCAGCUCAUCAUCAAGUGGCAGUGCCAGUAGCAGCAGCAACAGUCCGCCUGCCAACUCCGGCGGCAGUUCAUCCUCCUCGUCGGGCAGUGCCCAACGGAAAGAGCGAUCCCUGCACUACUGCUCCAUCUGCUCGAAGGGUUUCAAGGAUAAGUACUCUGUGAAUGUCCACAUACGUACUCAUACGGGGGAGAAGCCCUUCGCCUGCUCACUUUGUGGCAAAAGUUUCCGUCAGAAGGCUCACCUGGCCAAGCACUAUCAGACGCACAUGACCCAGAAGAACAAUGGAAACCUAAUUAAGGGAGGAUCAGGAAAGCAUCCACGAUCCAGUGGAUCCUCUUCGGGAUCAGCAAAUGCCUCUCUCAACCAGCGACAACAACAACAGCAGCAGCAGCAACAACAACAGCAACUUGGCGGAGGAGUGGUGCCAGCUUCCCUACCCGUGAUGAUCAGCAAUCCCAAUACACCACCCGGCGUAGUACUACCGCCUGCCAAUGGACUCCUGGCCAAUCGGUAGUGAUCACCGGCAGCGGGAUAGUAAACACUAACCCGGCUAAACUAUUUCUUGUUCCUUAACUCACAAAAUACACACAACAAAAGAAAAGAAAGAUAAUGAAAUUGUAGAGAAACUAUUUUUACUACUCUAAUUUACCUAAAUACUCGUACUCCCAAACUCGAAUUUACGUCAUUGAUGAAUUCCUAUUUCAGCUUUCUGUGCAAUUCCUAUAUAUAAAUGCCCACAAAACACACACUCGAAGCACUUCCAAAUAAAGAACAAUACUCAAUAAUGUACAUUUACAUACUAAAAACAAACGAAAGAAAAAAAAAAUUAAAUUUUAAAUGUGCCAAAUUUUUGAAGAUUUUAAUAAAGUUAAAGUUAAAGUUAAAAUAAACGAUAUGCUAGGCGAAAAUAGAAAGUAGAAGUGUAACGAAGCUAAUGAAGCAAUUCCACGAGUGGUGAUAUCAAAAAGAGGCCAAAACGCUUCCUUGCUAUAUGUUAAAAAAAAACAACAACAGAAUUUCUUAAAGAAUACUUUCCCAAAAUAACAAAAUAUAGAAAAAUAAAUUACGAAAAAAACUCCUUCUAAUCACCAGCAGAAUCUUCAACUAGCCCAGUGUUUCCUGUAAAUUGAAAGUAUUUGUUUUCUUAGUUGCUUUGCCCAAAUUAGCAUAAAUUUUGUUUGCUAGUGUUAAUGUAUAUAUAUACAUAAAUAUAUAUAUUAUAUAUAAAUCAAGUUAGUUACAUUUUAGUUCUAAGCAAAAGCAGACGGAAUGCCAAAAAAGUUGAGGAAGGUACACUGACCCGAGGCACUAAAUUCGAAACGCAUCCUCCGGAGCUCAUCCUACAGCCAAUUCCCGCUCCUUUUUCUCCUUCAAGGAUCUCUUUGAUCUCUUGGGCCGAGUGUUAGCCAACUUCAAGAAAAGGCAUUCAACAAGUUAAGGGGCACAAGCAUUAAUACUUUUAUUAACUAUGUUUAAAUACUCGUAAACACACACACACACAUACACACACACACACACCAUAUGUUCAGCAACUCAACUUGCACUUGCCAUUAUUUUUGUAUUUGAUAAACGAAUAUAACUAAGGCGCGAAAUCCCUAUAAUUAAAUAUAUAUAUAUAGUAUACCCCCCUAUCUCCCAUUUAGGCUAAGCUAACUGAUAAAUCAGCCGUAGUUAGUGGUUAAUUAAACUGCCAAUUAUUUUGUGAUAGUUUUAAAUGGACAAUAGUUUUUAGAUUACGCAAAAAAUAACUUCAAUGGUGUUUGGGUUUAUGUAACCGUUUUCUAACGACGGACGAUCAACGUUAUUAACUGUUUACACUUUUGCAAUACGAGUAUUUUUGGCUAAUUUAUUGAACUUAUUAGUAUGUAUUUACUGUACAUAGAGAGAACGAUCCUUGUUUAUAUCCAAGUCUAGUUUAAGUCACACAUUGAAAUCUUAGUUAAAUCUUUGUUAGUUAUUAUUUAUGCACACACACACUGAAAAACACAAAACACAACAAGCCACACACACACACACACACAUUCAUCUGCAGUUAAGUUUUGCAUUAAUUUUUUUAGUAUUGCAAGCAUUAAAAAUAAAGAAAUCUAAAACGUUUUAUUGACAAUUAAGAUGCACCCCGUGUCCGCUGUUUGGGUCUGUCGUGGGUUAAUUAGUUUUAGCUCGUUACGGGAAUGGAGAUGGCUAUGCUGAUGGCUAUGCCAAUGGCAGAUGGCAGAUGGGUCUGGCCGAGGUCUGAAAUAAUUUUCUCCAAUAAAGGAGCUGAGCGGACAUGAAAGCGCAUGCAGCUGCGCA